AUGUCAUCAACAAAACUCAUUCCAUCGAAUGUUCAUGAUAAUCAAAGUGGCGACGAACUUCAAGUUGGUUUAUCAGCAGUUAAAGUGCAUCGUUAUACAUGUGAUAGCAAUACAGAUUGGCCAACAUCAUCAUCAACAACAACAACAACAACAGGAGACGAAACAGGUGUUAUUAUUAAAGAUGUUGUACCACGUUCAAUGUAUUAUGAUCAAUAUAGUAAUAAUGACGAUGAUGAUUGUUUAUGUUCAUGUGCAUGCUGCCGUUGUGAAUGUUGUCCAACUGUAUCCGAUUGGUGUGUGAGAGAUCCAUAUGGUUUAUCGUGUGGUUUUACAACGUGGUUUUUAUUUAUUUUUGCUCAAUUAGUUGUUGUAUUUGUUAUCUUAAUACCUAAAAGCCAUUCAACAAUAUUCAAUUUAAUUAAUUUAGUUAUAUUUCAUGUAUUAGAAUUUCUUGCUGUUUCGUCACAUUAUAAAACAAUGUUUUCAAAUCCAGGUACUAUUCCAUUGAAUGAUGCAACACCAGAAAACAUUUUCAAAUAUGCAAAUGGUACUGUUGUGUAUCGAUGCGCUAAGUGUCAGAGUAUAAAACCACCGCGAGCCCAUCACUGUAGUGUGUGUAAACGAUGCAUAAAACGAAUGGAUCAUCAUUGUGUUUUUGUUAAUAAUUGUGUUGGACAAAACAAUCAAAAAUACUUUAUUUUAUUUACAGAAGCUGAAGAAUUUCAUAGAAAAACACUCAAAAUACGAGAAGAAUUUCUACCUCCAGGUCAUAUCGAUAUCACAUGCAGCCUGAACAAUAUAGGAAAUAUUCUGCACGAACAGGGAAAAUUCGACGCUGCGUUAGAAUAUCAUAGAAGAGCCUUGCAGAUGCAUGAAGAUUUACGAAUUUCAGAGCAUCUUGAUUGUGCAGUAGGUCUUAAUAACAUUAGCAACAUCCUCACUAAUCAAGGAAAUUACAAAGAGGCAUACGAUUCUCAUCAACAAGCACUCAGAAUGCGCCAGAAAAUUUUAUCCUCUGAACAUCCAGACAUUGCGUGUAGUUAUAAUAACAUCGGAGAUGUUUUGCAUAAACAAGGCAAAUAUAAAGAAGCCCAUGAACACCACUUUCAGGCGCUUGAAAUUCGAGAAAAAUCUCUACCGGCAGAUCAUCCAAGAAUCGCUAAUAGUCUCAAUAACAUUGGCAGUGUUUUUGAAAGCCAAAAGAACUACACACGAGCUAUUGAUUAUUAUCAACGAGCGUUAGAUAUACGAGAAAAAGUCUUGCCGCCCAUACACCCUGACAUAGCACACAGCUUUAAUAACAUUGGUAACAUUCUGAAUAAACAAGGAAACUAUGUAGAAGCUCUCGAGUACUAUACAAAGGCACUUGAAACACAACAGAAAUGUCUACCAUCGAAUCAUCCUGAUAUUGCCGCCUGUUACAAUAACAUUGGUAUUAUAUUAAAACAUCAAGGAAAUGAGAAAGCAAUAUUUACCUGA